UCACCUCCCCAUCCCAAUCAGUCGUCCCCAAUAACAUCCCUUUUCCUCCUUCUUCUCGUCCUUUCCCGCCGGCCCAUCUGUAUAGAAGACCCAAUCCAAAGCCAUCAUCUUCAAAAAAAUUUCAACCAUGGCUACUCCCGGAAAAAUCGCGUUUUCCGCCGUUAUCCUCUCGCUUUUCCUCCUCUCCUCAGCCCUCGACAUGUCCAUAAUCACAUACGACCGGGCCCACGAAGGGGGCCCGGCCCGUUCCGAGAGCGAGGUUGCGGCGCUGUACGAGUCGUGGCUGGUCAAGCACGGCAAGGUGUACAACGCCCUCGGCGAGAAGGAGAGGCGUUUCGAGAUCUUUAAGGAUAACCUGAGGUUCGUCGAGGAGCAUAACUCCGUCGAUCGGCCGUACAAGGUGGGGCUGAACCGGUUCGCGGAUCUGACGAACGAGGAGUACCGGUCGAUGUUCGUGGGCGGGAGGAUGGCCAGGGGACCCGGGUUGAAGGGCCCGAGGGCGAGCGGGCGGUACGCGGUUGGGGGCGACGAGAAGCUGCCGGAGUCUGUUGACUGGAGGGAGAAAGGCGCCGUUGCGCCGGUCAAAGAUCAGGGCCAAUGCGGGAGUUGCUGGGCUUUCUCAACGGUUGCCGCUAUUGAAGGUGUAAAUAAGAUAGUAACUGGGGACUUGAAAGUCUUGUCCGAGCAAGAACUGGUCGAUUGUGACAGGUCAUACAACCAGGGCUGUAAUGGUGGUCUAAUGGACUAUGGCUUUCAGUUUGUGAUUGACAAUGGUGGUCUCGACACAGAGGAUGAUUACCCGUACCAUGCUCGUGAUGGAACUUGCGACAGCUCUCGGAAAAAUGCACGUGUGGUCUCGAUAGAUUCAUACGAGGAUGUUCCGGAGAAUGACGAACAAGCUCUAAAGAAGGCUGUGGCCCAUCAACCAGUCAGUGUCGCCAUUGAAGCGGGAGGCAGAGCUUUCCAGCUCUACCAGUCGGGUGUUUUCACCGGACUAUGUGGGACCGACCUGGACCACGGCGUGGUUGCCGUGGGCUACGGCUCGGAAAACGGUCGGGACUUUUGGAUCGUGAGGAACUCGUGGGGCCCGAGUUGGGGGGAGAGCGGCUACAUCCGCCUCGAGCGCAACUUGGCCAACUCCCCCUCAGGCAAGUGCGGGAUCGCGGUCGAGGCCUCUUACCCGGUCAAGACGGGCCAGAACCCUCCCAAGCCCGGCCCAUCUCCUCCGACCCCAGUGAAGCCCCCCACGGCUUGCGACAAGUACUCCUCUUGCCCUGAGGGCACCACUUGCUGCUGUGUGUAUGAGUACGGACGAUUCUGCCUCGCCUGGGGCUGCUGCCCGAUGGAGUCGGCCACUUGCUGUGACGACCACUCGAGCUGCUGCCCGCACGAGUACCCUGUUUGCGACGUUGAUGCCGGGACCUGCUUGAUGAGUAAGGAUAGCCCGAUGGGAGUGCCGGCAUUGAAAAGAGGGAAAGCUGAUCUGGACUGGUCGAGUCUGCUUGCCGGUGCUAGGAAGUUCAGCAGUGUUUGAGAUGGGUCGGGUCGAGGUUGAGGGCAUGAUUUUAUUUAAAAGGGCACACUUUGAAUUGGAGUGUGGCAACCUUUGCUCAUUAAUCUUUCCAUUUCAAAAGAACCUGGUUUUUUUAUCCUCGGAUGAUUGUAAUUAAUUCCUGCUACCUUUCGUUUCUUCUUCGCUGUCUGUCUCUUUAAUAGACAUUUGGAGGAUUCGUGAUGUUUUCAAUUUAGUCUUGAAUUUGCUUGUAUAUGAUUCUAAGGUUUCUUGUUAGCUUGAAUUUGAAGGAAUUUCUAUUAAUUUCUCAAAGUUUGAAGUGGAUUUUGUUUGUUGGUUGGUUUGUUGGUUUGAUUUAGGGCUUCAUACAAAGCCAAAUUGAGUCGAG